GAGCAGGGCGCCUGGGCUUGCUUGGUGGCGCCAGUCCGGGUGGUGGACGGCGACCGGAGGUGGCCCAUGGGCCAACUUCCUAGCUCCCAGGAAAGCCCCAAGUGCAGCUCCUCCACCCCCCACCCCAGGGCACUGGCGCCUCCAUGGUGACCAAGGUCGCCACCGCCAGGGGUCGGGCUGUGGGGUGGGGCGUGUGGGGGCGGCGUCCUGCGAAGCUGCAGAUUCUCACGUUUGCAGAGGCGAAACUUCUCCGCGGUUCAAGCACAGGGGUGGUAGCCCCUCAAGGACUGCCCGGGCAGCGGGUAGGGGAGGAGCGCAAAGAACGUCCCAGUGCUUGCUGCUUCUCCCUUACGCGAAAGGAAGUAGAGCCUGCACCCUCCCUCUUGUCAUUCACGGGUGAUGUGAGCAGAGCCCAGGAAUGCCUUAUGUGGAUCGGCAGAACCGAAUCUGUGGGUUUCUGGAUAUCGAAGACAAUGAGAACAGUGGCAAAUUCCUCCGGAGAUACUUUAUCCUGGAUACCCAGGCCAACUGCCUCCUCUGGUACAUGGACAAUCCCCAGAACUUGGCAGUUGGGGCAGGAGCUGUCGGAUCCCUGCAGCUGACUUACAUCUCGAAGGUGAGCAUAGCUACCCCAAAGCAGAAACCUAAAACUCCAUUCUGCUUCGUCAUCAAUGCCCUGUCUCAGAGAUAUUUUCUUCAAGCCAAUGACCAGAAAGAUCUCAAGGACUGGGUAGAAGCCUUGAACCAAGCCAGCAAGAUCACUGUGCCCAAGGCUGGGAUAGUACCCCUGGCCACAGAAGUUCUCAAACCCCUAACAGCUCCUCCCAGCCUGGAGAAGAAGCCGCAGGUGGCCUACAAGACUGAGAUCAUUGGGGGAGUGGUGGUACAAACACCCAUCAGCCAGAACGGUGGGGAUGGGCAGGAAGGGAGCGAGCCAGGGACUCACGCCUUCCUAAGAAGGUCUCAGAGCUACAUCCCCACAUCAGGCUGCCGUCCUUCCACUGGGCCUCCCCUCAUUAAGAGUGGCUACUGUGUGAAGCAAGGGAAUGUGCGGAAGAGUUGGAAACGGCGCUUCUUUGCCCUCGAUGACUUUACCAUCUGCUACUUUAAGUGCGAACAGGACCGAGAGCCUCUGCGCACCAUACCACUCAAGGAUGUUCUCAAGACUCAUGAGUGUCUGGUCAAGUCUGGUGAUCUCUUAAUGAGGGACAACCUGUUUGAAAUCAUAACCACCUCCAGGACGUUCUACGUACAGGCAGACAGCCCUGAAGACAUGCACAGCUGGAUCGAGGGGAUUGGAGCAGCUGUCCAGGCCCUGAAGUGCCACCCUAGGGAGCCGUCCUUUUCAAGAUCCAUUUCUUUGACUCGACCUGGAAGUUCCAGCCUUACAAGCGGGCCUAACUCCAUCUUGUCAAGGAGGCGGCCACCAGUGGAAGAAAAAAGAGCUCUCUGUAAGGCCCCCUCCGUGGUCUCCUCCUGGCAACCCUGGACACCUGUCCCCCAGGCUGAGGAAAAGCUGCUGUCAACGGAAAAUGCUCCAGAGGACUCUUUAUUCAUGCCUAACUCUGGGGGGAGCACAGCUACAGGGGUGCUGGCAAGUUCUCGAGUCAGGCACAGGUCGGAGCCACAGCACCCCAAGGAGAAGCCAUUUGUAUUCAACCUUGAUGACGAAAAUAUACGAACCUCUGAUGUGUGAUAUACAGUGCUCAUUGUGUGCAGGAGGGCUGGGGGCUGUGACUCAUUUUCUCUGCCAUGGUAGAGGACAGAGGCUAAUGGCAUGCACAGUGGAGAGUCCCAUCUAGCUGGCUUUAUUUUUACUAUCAUUGAUACCAUUUCUUUAAUUGGGAAAAGUCACUAGGUUAGAAUACAGGCAUACUCCAUUACCUCUUGAAUGCCCCCUUUCCCCAGGUAAAGUGAGGGGUUAGUCUUCAUACUUCCUAUCUAGAGGAGGCUAGAAUUCAGUUUCACCCAUAAGCUUUUCCCUCUUGUAUUUCUUUUAUAUUCUUGAUUUUGCUUCUAUUCUGUGUACAGGAUCUCAGGCUAAGAACUGGUUUCAUCUACCCCUGUUUAUUGGCUAAAGUCUGGAGAUCAGGCAGACGGUUAGCAUCCAGACUGAAAGGCAUUGGGUGAGACUCAGGUUACACGGUUCGAUUGGGAUCCACCUGAGAGCUGUCGUUAGAAUCUGGGGAGUGAAAGGUGCAUUUUGGGAUAUCUACCCGGGCAUUUCUUUUGGGACACCUCCCAGGGGAGCAGAAGGACCUCUUAUGAGUCAUGAGGGCUAAUUAAACUGCUGUAGCCACUUGUGGGGAAUCAUGCAGUCCUCUUGAUGCUCCAUGACCCCAAAUGACAUAGACCUGAGUGACAGAGCCACCAGUCUAUUUUCCGUGUCAGGCCCAGAGGAUGCGAUUAUCAAGGUUAAAUGUUAUGAUUGCAGAGACUAGAAUAGAGGCUUCCUUUGAAACUGAGGUAUGUGUGAUAGAGUGAUUUUAUGUGUGUGUGUGUGUGUGUGUGUGUCUGAGAGAGAGAGAGAGAGAAAGAGAGAGAGAGAGAGAGAGAGAGAGAGAGAGAGAGAGAGAGAGAGAGGACACACUCUUAGGACAAUCUCUUAUCUCAGAGGCUUAGAUUAAUAUAAAGCAGCUACUGAGAAGAGAUGGAUGGUUGUUUAUGGCAGUAUGCAUCUUUGAUCCAUGUUUUCCAGACAGGAGAAUGGCUCUUUUUUGACACAGUGAAUCUUGAAUCCCUUUGUCACGGCUCUUUUAGAAUGGGUCAACUUUUGUGUAAUGCUAAGUGCUUGUAUAUUGUGCAGCCUGCUGACCCACUUGCUCCUUGUUUUAUUUUGUUGCCUGUUAAAUGAACCCAUGCACACAGCAAGUGGAACCCCAGCAUCUGAUAAGAGCCUAUGCUCUCACUACUGAAGAGACUCAAACAUGAUUUUUUUUUUUCAAUACUCACAUUUUUCAUGGAAUAGAAACUGGGAAUAAAGAAAUUGAAUCAGAGGAUGAAUUGUUGGCUAGGAAUUUCCUAGGUUCUAGAAGAGUUUAGAAGAUUAGAUUUCCACCCAAAAUUUAGGGUGUGGCUUUUUCCACUGGGCAAGAUACUCUCUCCAGUGCCUUCGGGGGCAUUUCUAUCAGCCUUCAGUGAGCCGUGCUACCAGAAAAUUAUGCUCAUUUCCUACAAGGAGAGAGCAUACAGCUCAUACCUACCUGCGUAACUUUUAUCCUCUAGGUAAAUUAACCCUGUUUUUAAUUAGAAAUUUGUGGCUCUAAGAAGAGAGUAGGAGGAAUUUUUAUUUAAGCUAGUUAGCACUCUGUGUCCAUAGUUAAUGCAAAAGCAAAAAACAGGCAUAAAGCUCUACAGGGUGAGAGGAAGUGUGUUCUUUCAAAUGUGACAGUGACUCUGAAUCUGUUGCCACCCUGAAGACUCCGUGUGUGGGAGCUGUCUCUACUAUAAGUCUGGCCUUGUGAUCCCGAUGUAAAAACAGACAAAAAUCAACGGGCUUCUUUCUCUUUCUGUCCAUGAUCUUGUGUGUCU